CGGAGCGGUGGUCGUGGUAGUUGCUCAACUUUUCACAAUUCUCUUGUUUUGGCUCAACUCGCUCAAAUUUUAGAAAGAUAUCUUCUUAUCUUACUUUACUAAUUUAAUUAAUUCCCACCUGAUUAAUCAGGAUGAACGCGCUUAUUGCUGUUAGGACUUUGAGAACGGCCAUUAAUAGUGGAUCAGUGCCUUGGAGUAGGUCGUACGCCUCAUCGUCCAAGGUGACACAGUCAAAGGGAACGGGAAGUGGGAGUGGUGGUGGAAGUGUUCCCAGUGUUCCCAGUGUUCCUGAACCACCCAGUAACGUCUUCAAGCAAACCAGUGCCAAAGAUCUUGGACCGGGUGCAUCAAAAGAGGGCCAGUAUAAAAAUCCCGAAUAUUUUCAAUACCACAAAAUGUCGUUUGCCGAAAUGGAGAUUGUGAUGGCGAAAAUGCGUGUUCCUCAACCUUCUGCAAAGAAAACUGGGCAGUAGUAGUGAAAGUAUCUGCACGAAUCAAAUUAAGCUAUCCACGUCGAAGAAUGGAAGCAAUAUUAUAAUUAAAUUUUAGUUGAAAAUGUUACACGGAUUGUACAUAGUGAAAGAAACUAGUCUAUAAAGAAUCGAUCGUCCAUGAUCGCUAUCAACUAAAA